AUGACUUGCCCACACUUAUGGACUCCUUCACUUGAACCAAGAACUGUAGCUCACUCUUGGUACCAGCAUGCAAUAAAUGAAGCUGCUGCCUUAGAUAAAGAAGAAGAAAUUUAUAAAGCUCAAUCCAAUGAAAUAAAAAAUAGGUGUAAAUAUGCUGCUAUUCCUGGAGUAUUUAGAAUUAAACAUGAAGAAGUUACAAUGUCUUAUUCAAUUGAUAGAAGACGAGUCAAUCCUGUAACACCUUCGUUACGUGCUAAUAACAAUGAUCCAUAUUUACCGGUACUUACAUCAGAACCUUCUGAUAUAUCUGGUUUAUUACUUUCUUCACCUCCACCGAUUUCAAAUUCUAUUUCGUCAACUGAGAGAGGAUUUUCUAUUUUACGUGGUGAUACUUAUAAUAACAAUCACGUAACAAAUGAUUUGACAGAUUUUUUACCGAGAAAUAAUAAUUUAGGUUUAACAGAUGUUAAUUAUGAAGUAGACAUUAUGGAUGACAUUGAUUUACUUCAAAAUGACGAUUUAUCUUUUAUUUAA